CAUAUCCUCAUGGAGUUGGCUUUGUGCACAGGGGCACAGUUUAAUGACCAACCACAUGUAGCUGGAAAUGUUAGAUGUCUCAAUACUUUUGUGCAUGUAGUUUAUUUUAGACGGUCUCUCACAAUUUAAUAGUGUUUUUAUUCCAUUUCACCUUCAUGUGCUCAGGAGAACUACUACAGGGGUUGACAGAUUGAUUGCAGACAUUUGUGCGUUCCUCUGUUCCAACAUUGUGUUUUGCCAGAUUCUGUUUUCAUUCCUGUUUAAUGAGCUCAUUCUUCUUGACAGAACAAUCCCAAUAAACGGUUUAACCAACCAAACAACAUUCAGAAAAUAAACCCAGAUGAUGUGGAUUCUCUUGAGCACAUAAUAUCGCAACCCAAACUAAAGGCAAUGUUCAUGUUUAAUAUAAAAGCACAAAAACAGCCAUUGAUGAGGUCUAGAUUAAAGACCGUAUGUGGACAUCGAACAUGUCUGCAGUGUCUAUAUACAAUCCAUGUAUAAAUUAAAAAAUUGCAUCCAAGUUUGCCAUAUAAAUUGACACCAUUCUUUUGUCCAGCUGUCCUUUUUAAUACGAUGUUGAGCUUUACACUCGUCCUUUAUCCAGAUAUGCAACAUGAGGAAAAAGUGUGCUUAUAAUAGAAACCACAGACAGGUUCUUGUAAAAGCAUCAAGUCAUCCAUUUAAGAGACUCGGAUUUUCCACCCCGCUCUCUUACUGCUUGUAAUAACGUAAAACCAUAUCCAGAGUCCAGUAUAGCUUCAGGCAGAUGUGUCCAGUAAGAUUAGAAGUAACAUUAUAAAUAGCUACUAAACGCCACACUUCAUGUUUUUAUAAACCAGUUGUCUUAUUUGUGUUAUUGUCUCUAAAGUGCCACUAAAAAUCUUGACACAUUGUAAAAAUGGUGAUUUUAUUUAAGAGGUCUGAUUUCUAUUAUAUUAAUUGAUGCUGGAUGAAUUUUGACAAUAGCAAAUUUUCUUUCAGUUUUAUUUGUAUUGCGAUUUUAAUAGAAAUGUUCUCAAAGCAGCUUCACAAAAAAAUAGAUUGCAUUUCAAAUUCAUAAAUUAGUCUUAGUCUAGUUUAUCCCUGAUGAGCGAGUCACUGUCGACGAUGGCAAAAAAUGACCAGAGAUGGUAUGAGGAGCAAACUUUGGAUCAAACCUGACAUUUUCUUGUAUUUUAAAACAGAUCAAAAACUUUCAGUAUCAGAUCAGUAUUUAUGGGAGUGUUACAGAUAAACCUGUGAUCACUCUUUUCAAAAUCAACAUUAUGGAACAUUUACAUUCCAUACAUCAUUUACAAAUUUAAGGAAAACCGAAAUGCAUAGAAUAAAAAAUGCAGGAAAAUCAGGGGUUAAUAUUGAUGCUUCUGCUGGAGAUGAUGUAUGUGAGCAGUGCAGCUGUGGCUGCAGUGAAAGGAGAUUUGUUGAUGUGUUCAUUGGGCUUCUUGCUUUAGUACUCACAUUCAUUCUCGCUGUAUGAGAUACCCGUCUGUGAUGCAGCGUUCUGUUAUACUGCGUUUUUUUAUAAUAUUGAUGGUUUCUAGAGCCGUGGCUUCAUAAUGAUAGUCUUAAGAGGUGGAUUGAUUCAGGUAGGACACCACUAAAGGCCUGGGUGGAAUUGAUAAAAGGCUUGUAAACAAAAACUGUUUAGAGAUGACCAUAUUACCGUGUUAAUUUACAAUUAUUAUUAAAGUGCAGUGCAGUUUUCUGAGAGGAGACGUUAUAUUCAGCAUUUUUGAAGGAGUCUCUAGUACCAGAGCUUUGUAACAGCUGUUAUAAGUUUCCAGCACUGGAGCAUAAUCAGGACAGUUUUCCAGAAACACGACAAGCUGUAUUUUUGUGUAAUUGUUAUCAAGAAAAACCAUUUGGGAUGUGGCGUUAUUGGAAAGGAAUCAACAUCAGUGUGGCAAAGCAAUAAUUUAACUGAAUUCGUGAAUUUGUUUUAAUUUGUAUAGCAUUUUGAACAAUAGACAUUGUCUUAAAGCAGCUUUACAGAGAUAAAGAUUCUAUAAGUUUGUUUCCUUGUAAUUGUACGUUUGUUCAUAAUGAACGAGGCAAUGGCAAGAAAGAUGGUACGAGGAAGAAACCUUGAGUGGAACCAGACUCGAAAGGGAACCCAUCAUCCUCAUCACUAAAUGUCCAUUCAUUACAGUUUCAUCAUUGUUGAGCGAGUCAGAUUUUCCAGCUGUGAGAACUGGAGAGACGCGCACACACACACACACACACAAGCCCCAUCGGAGCGAGUAAACAACGCCUCGCUUCCCCCAAGCUGCAGCAGGAUGGCAAGGCUUCUCCUGCUUCUUCUCAGUCUCAGUGUGUGCCGCACCGGAGGCGGCAUUGACGUGGACAUGGAGGGCAGAUACUGGGACUGGGGCUCUGGCUUGCGCGAGCUGUUGCACAGCUUCCCUGCUCACAGUCCCUUUGUUACAGAGACGCCUGGACAUGUAGCGAACUGCACUCAGCGCUUCUGGCUGCCACCGUCCUCUCCUGUGUGUUGGGAAGACAUAGCAGGGCCAGAAGAGUUUGAGAAGACCCGUCUGCUAGUGCUGCAGAACCGAGCAGCACUCCAUGCCGUGACUGAGGCCAGCGGUCUGGAGGAGGGAGGAGUCUCUUAUGAGCAGCAAGCGAUGACGGAUGUCCAAGGGGUACGGGAAGAUCACCUGAGCAUUUCUCAGACUGUAGAAUCCAUGCAGAAGGUCUUCCUCGACCUGGACAAGAAGAGAAAGGAGGGUGGAGGACAUGAUACCUUUGCAAGUAUAAAGGAGCGGAUUGCAAACACCACAAACUCCUUAAACAUCAAGGAAGAAAUGGCAACUCUUUUGGAGCAGCGUCUCUCUAAACUCGAGAGGACAUUGGAUGCCAUACAGCUUCGACUGACCCGACUACUAAACUAAUGAAUGAAGUUACAGCAGAUGUUUGACACGUUCCAAUGCCUGUGAGGAAACUGGGUUUUGCACCUAAAGCAUGACUUUCUCUAUUGUAUUAUACCUCUGAUUUUAUGUUCUGAGUAGGUCACAUGAUGAUGUAUUGAUAUCAUGAGAGCUUACUUCAGGAUCUCUUUCAUACAGGAUUGGAAAUACUUUCAAAACUGAACACCUCUAUGGUUACUAAUUGUUAGGAAAAUCAAAUGUUAAAUAUAUUUAUAUUCUUUUUUUUGCUGCUUGACAGCUGUUUAUAUAUUUUAUAAAUAUACAUCAAAUCACUA